ACCAGGUAUAAAUAUAGACCCUCAGUUCGAAGAAAUGAUUAUCUCACAUUUUUAUUUAUGCGUACUUAUCUUCUUAAUUCUUACGAUAGUUUCAAACAUUCUUCUUCUCUUUAAUAAUAAUAAAAUUAAAAAAAAAACUUUUUAAUUUCAUUUUUCAAAUGUCAUUUGAAGUUUCAGAUGAGGUAUUGGGGAUAUUUAUCCCAAUACUCGUAUACUGGAUUUACGCUGGGGUUCUUCAUUUUGUGGAAUCCAGAUUUCCAGAAUUUAAAAUCCAAGCAGUGAAAGAGUCAGAGGACAAAAACCUCGUCUCCCAACCAACUGUGAUUGUCGGCGUUCUGCUCCAGCAGUUUGGGCAGGCUACAAUAGCGGCGCUAAUGUUCUGGUUGACCGGCCAGACCACUAAAGGCCAUGCAGCUGCAACCCUCAUGACGAUGUUACGCGGAGGGGUCCAAUUUUUCUUUGCAAUGCUUGUCUUGGACACGUGGCAGUACUUCAUGCAUCGAUGCAUGCAUGAAAACAAGGUGCUUUACAAGUACAUACAUUCUCGCCACCAUAGGCUGGUGGCGCCGUAUGCAUACGGAGCACUAUACAACCACCCUAUCGAGGGGCUGCUAGUGGACACCAUGAGUGGUGCCGUUAGCUUUUUGGCGUCCGGCAUGUCUCCGAGGAUGUCAAUCUUUUUCUUCUCGUUGGCCACCGUCAAGGCAGUGGACGACCACUGUGGAAUGUGGAUUCCGUGGCAUCCUUUCCACUUGGUGUUCAGAAACAACAGCCACUACCACACCAUCCACCAUUCCCUGUACGGGACCAAACACAACUACUCCCAGCCAUUCUUCGUGUUCUGGGAUAGAAUAUUUGGCACCUACUACGUGCCGCGUGGUGAUGAGGAGGAGGAGAAGAGCAUAUAAGUAUUAUCAUGUUAUUUAAUUAUAUAUGUUGAAUAAAUUAUGUUAAAAUCUAUAGCUAUUUCGAUCCUCACAAAGCAGGGAGCCUUAUUGAUUUAGAAUCGUUUUUCAAAAAUUUGUAGUUAAUUAUGAGACUAAUGAAAUACGUUACAUUGUCAAUAAUACUUCUGUGUCGCAUAACAGAAGAAACAGAGGCAACAUGCGUCAAUCUUUUCGUAUGCCUAUGCAUAUUAAAAGAUGACAAGGAUAUUAACCAAAACCAAAAUUUAAAUGGAGUCUCCUAUGUGUAGUUUACUUGUCUGGCGGAAAUGGUUGAAUGUUGGCUUGGUGCUGCAUCUCUCUUAUUUGAUAUCUGUUUUCGUUAGGUUGUGAUACAACGGAAGUUAUAGGAUAAAAUGGAUCACAAAUGGCUACCGUUGAAUAAAUUUCUGGAAUGAAUUGAUAAAAGUUCUCAAAAUUUGACUAAUAAUAUGACAAGAUUACCAACCAAAGGCAAGAUGACCUUUUUAUAAUGUAAUUUAACUCUUGAAGAGGUAGGAAUCCAAAUACGAAAGGAAUUAAACGAAUAACAAAAUAUAAAAAUCUUACAAUAUGAAAACCUGGAAUUAAACAUAUUAAACAACAUAGUUCGUCCAAAAUACGACUAUGCUUGUUACAAACAAGAAGUCUUUUAAAUCUUGUCGUUUUAUUCGAAUACAUAUAUUAAGGGUCCAAAAUUGACACGCCACACGAAAGUGGCAUUAAUCCGAACAACCUGGAAAGUCUUAAACAUCCACUUUCAGGAAAUAGCAGCAUCAAAUAAUCUGCAUCUAAAAUAACACUAAUUCCGUCAUCCGUAGAGUUGCUAUGGGAAUGCACGGUGAGUAACGAUACUUAAUAUGUGUGAUUGCCAAUCACAUUUGUUUUGAGUAACGAUGCUUGAAAAUUUGUUUGUCAUGUAACAUUUCUCCCAUGUAGGCAACACUUGGCCAACGGUCUGAACUCCCUUACAGAUCGAGAUUGGUUUUUUGCUCCGGUAGUAAGGAGCGGGUUCGUGUACUGAUUAAGGCCUCUGUGGUGUGUUAAAAGAUUCAUUUUGGUCGUGUACUUUGUGUUUGUUGGUGACAGACCUCGUGGAGCUUGUACGGCUUGGUUUCUUCACGGUUUGGGGGAAUUAUGGACAAACUUGAUUCCGGUGAAACUGUGGAUAAAUUUAUGAGGUUCUUAUUUCGGGUACCAAAAGGACUUCCUAGGUGUGGUUGCAACCGUCCUUGUUGGGUUUCCAGUGCUAUUUGUUUUCCUCUUUGCCUUAUGAAUCAAAAUCUUGAACGACCAAAAAGAGAUGAAACUAACAUCAUACAUGUGUAUUUUUUCGAUAUGAUAUGAAAAUUCCAAUUUUCUACUUUCGUCCUCCGAACAGAAAUAUAUUUACUAUCUGCAGAUAGCACAAUUUUCAGUACUUGUAACCACAAUAUGCUCCUGCCUUCAAGAAUCUUUCGGACCACUAGUUUGGGAAGGGCCAGCUCUCUCCAACAUGACAUCGUAAAGUUGCUUCCCAUU